UUGUGACGUCAUUAAUCCGUCAGGGCGAUAGAGUGGAAAGAAAUCCCGGAAGUGAAGCAGGAAAGUUGAACGGCGGCAGGACGAGAGAAGUUUAUUUUGUUUUGCUGUGUAGUUUUUCCUGCAGUUGAGGUGCAGAUUAUUACGGAGUUCACUUCCGGAUUAGUGCAAAUCUGGAGUUCCUGGACUUUGUUCCGUGUGAAAUCUGUAGAAGACUCCUCCAUGUCCUGAGUGGGUGUGGGUGAAAAUAGUGAACUCUGCUAUGGGAUGCUGUGGGAGUACAGGGAAAACUCAGGAGUGGAAGCCUUUAGAGGAUCGAAAAUGCACAGACAUCCCCUGGCUCAUCCUCUUCACCUUAUUCAACAUCGGAAUGCUCUUCAUUUGCGGCUUUGCCAUAUCGACCGGCGCGGCCUCCAGACUCAUCUCAGGAUACGACAGCUAUGGCAACAUCUGCGGCCAGAGGAACACCGAAAUUCCCGGGAUCGAACUCAGCGGCCGGGACCAAACAUCAAAUAAGUACGUGUUUUUUCUCGACCCCUGUAACCUUGACAUCGUGGAGAGGAAAAUCAGAUCUGUUGCUCUGUGCGUCUCCAAAUGUCCAGAAACACAACUCCAGACUUAUGAUGACCUCAAAAAGUUUUCAGAGACCAACAGAUCUAAUUUGUGUUCCUAUGAGCUCAGUCCGGAGAGAUACCCAGACGAUCCGAACCGAGCCACGAAAUGCCCCAAACUUCCGGUUCCUUCCAGUAAGUCUUUCCCGAUCUUCCACCGCUGUGCGCCGGCUGACAUCUCCUGCUUCUCCAGGUUUGCCGAGGCUCUCAUCACGUUUGUCAGCGACAACAGCGUUCUCCACAGGGUCAUCGCUGGGGUCAUGACCUCCAAGGAGAUAAUUAUGGGACUGUGUUUACUUUCUCUGGUUCUGUCCAUCAUUCUGAUGGGAGUGAUCCGCUUCAUCUCAGUAGUGCUCGUAUGGCUUCUCACUGCCGUCGUGGUGCUCGGUUCCUUAGGUGGGACUGGAGUUCUCUGGUGGCUUUAUGCGGACCACCGAAGGUCUACCAACACCACUCUACCUGCUAAUGAGCUCGCCGUGGCUAUGGAUAACCAGAAAGCUCUGCUUAUCUACGCUAUAGCAGCCACAGUCUUAACGGUGAUCCUGCUGCUGCUGCUGUUCUUCAUGAGGAAACGUGUUGCUCUGACCAUCGCGCUGUUCCGUGUGGCCAGUAAAGUGUUCGCUUCUCUUCCUCUGCUGGUCCUGCAGCCGUUCUGGUCCUUCCUCACGCUCAUGCUCUUCUGGGUUUACUGGAUCACCGUGCUGCUUCUUCUUGGCACUGCAGGAAGUCCAGUGAAGAAUAAUCAGACGGGGCUGGUGGAGUUCCAGAUGCACGGGCCGUUACAGUACAUGGUGUGGUACCAUGCUGUUGGUCUUGUCUGGAUCAGUGAGUUCAUCCUGGCCUGCCAGCAAAUGACGAUAGCAGGGGCGGUCGUUACAUAUUACUUCACCAGAGAUAAGUCCCAGCUUCCUCUGACGCCCAUCUUGUCUUCAGUGAUGCGUCUGAUGCGUUAUCACCUCGGCACGGUGGCUAAAGGAGCCUUCAUCAUCACGCUGGUGGAGAUCCCACGCCUCAUCCUCACCUACAUACACAGCCAGCUCAAAGGCAGCGAAAAUGCCUGCGCUCGCUGUAUGCUCAAAGCAUGUGUGUGCUGCCUCUGGUGCCUUGAGAAGUGCCUCAGUUACCUGAAUCAGAACGCCUAUAUCGCAACGGCGAUUAACAGCACCAGCUUCUGUACGUCUGCUCGAGACGCCUUCAUCCUCCUGGCUGAGAACGUGCUGCGUGUGGCCACCAUCAACUCUGUAGGAGACUUCGUCCUGUUUCUGGGAAAGGUUCUGAUCGUGUCGUGCACUGCGUUCGCGGGCGUACUGGCGCUGAAUUACCAGCGGGACUACACGGUAUGGGUUCUGCCGCUAAUCAUCGUGUGUGUGUUCGCCUUCCUGGUGGCUCACUGCUUCCUGUCUGUGUUCGAGAUGGUGGUGGACGUUCUCUUCCUCUGUUUCGCCAUUGACACAAAGUACAAUGACGGCAGCCCUGGAAGAGAAUUCUACAUGGACAAAGCACUCAUGGAGUUUGUGGACAGCAGCAGGAAGGCCGAGGCUGCGGGGAGGAAAGCAGAAGGCGGAGACAGCAGGGAGAUGAAACCCAUGACCACAGGAGGGACGUUGGCGUAAACUUCUUCAGGUGACUUAAUCAACACUCCAGGGAUGUUUCCUCGUUAUGUAGUUCGUUAAUAAAGGCAUAACUACAUAAUUAGGCACUGGUGCUAUGUAGAUGCAUGGAGACUGGCGUUUUUGUAAAAAUGGUUAGCAAUAAUACUUUGUCAGUUUAUACGUUUUUUUUUUUACACUUGCGUUCUUUUUAUAACUGUCAAUUACACCGCAUUUUAUUUUUACAUUUUUGAUCAGAUUUGUCUGUAUAUGAUAAGAGUUAAGUAGACAGAUCUACAGUGACAUUCCUCUGUAUAUCAGACUUAUUGUGAAGGUGUGAAGAGAAGAAUGAUGGUAAUAAACUCUGAAUAAAAGGUU